AUGGCCCUAUGGGGCCUGGUCAAAAGUAGUGAACUAUGAAGGGAAUAGGGUGUCAUUUGGGACACAGACCUAGUCUACUGGGUAUUUUAAAAACUACUAUUAUAAGCCUCAAGACCAGGAUCCCAGCUGAAUGGCUGCUUACAAUUUUCACAAGAAAGAGUGUGAACUUGGUUUAAUUAGCAACAUCUGCUGCUACUAAGGCGCACCGAGCCCAAGGUGACGGAGUACUACUCACCACACCAUUGUAGUGAUAAAACACUGCUUAAAAUAAAGCCGAAAGCCGCUGAGUAGAUGAGUCUUUGAGGGGUGUUGUUUAACAUGGCCUGCGUGUAAUAGCUUGGUUUUUAUUGAAGUGUUGCAUAUAGAAUACACUUCAAUAUUUCCGAUAUAAAAAUAAAUCAAUAAAAUAUCAUACAAACAGUAGAUAAUAUCAGGAUCCUGUGUGUAGUAGACUAACCUCUGGCUUCUCUUCUCUCCUCAGGUCAGGAAGGGUGUGUCUAGGACCCAUUUGUCCCACUUGGACAGAGAUCUUUUUUGGCAGUAGGGGGGAGCUGCCUGUGCCCAUUUCCUGUGAUCCCCAGUGCUGUUUCCCGUGUCUAUUGAGUUGGAGCAGCGACUCUCUGGUGCCCCACUGGCUGAGCCUGGCUUGGUCAUGAGUGUGGUUGGGGCGCACCGCUACAGCAUCGUGUCCUCGGAGGAAGAAGGCCUGCGUCUCGGUGCCAUGCCUGCCGUCACAAUAGGCAACGGCUUCGGCAAUGGCAAGAUCCAUACGAUGCGCCGCAAGUGCCGCAGCCGCUUCGUGAACAAGAACGGCCAGUGCAAUGUGCGCUUCUCACACAUGGACGAGAAGUCGCAGCGCUACAUGUCGGACAUCUUCACCACGUGCGUGGACAUCCGCUGGCGCUGGAUGUUCCUGAUGUUCACACUGGUGUUCGUGGUGUCCUGGCUGGCAUUCGGCCUGGCCUUCUGGGUCAUCGCUUUGCUUCACGGGGAUAUGGACAACCCGGGUGGUGGAGACAAUAACUUCACCCCUUGCGUUCUGCAGGUCAACAGCUUCGUGGCCGCCUUCCUGUUCUCCGUGGAGACCCAGGCCACAAUUGGUUAUGGCUUCCGCUGCGUAACGGAGGAGUGCCCCUCGGCCGUCUUCAUGGUGGUCUUCCAGUCCAUCUUCGGUUGCAUCAUCGACUCCUUCAUGAUCGGCGCCAUUUUAGCCAAGAUGGCGCGGCCUAAGAAGCGUGCAGAGACUCUGCUGUUCAGCAACAAUGCAGUGAUUGCCAUGCGGGACGGGAAGCUGUGCCUUAUGUGGAGGGUGGGCAACCUGAGGAAGAGCCACAUGGUGGAGGCCCACGUCAGGGCCCAGCUCAUCAAGCCCCGCAUCACAGAGGAGGGUGAGUACAUCCCCCUGGACCAGAUCGACAUCAACGUAGGGUAUGACACGGGCAUCGACCGCAUCUUCCUGGUCUCCCCGCUCACCAUUGUGCACGAGAUCGAUGAGGAGAGCCCCCUGUUCUGCAUCAGCAAGCAGGACCUGGAGUUGUCCGACUUUGAGAUAGUGGUGAUACUUGAAGGGAUGGUGGAAGCCACAGCCAUGACAGCGCAAGCUCGCAGCUCCUACCUGUCAUCAGAGAUCCUGUGGGGUCACCGCUUCGAGCCUGUCGUCUUCGAGGAGAAGAGCCAGUACAAAGUGGAUUACGCUCACUUUCACAAAACCUUCGAGGUGCCGUCCACCCCCCAGUGCAGUGCUAAGGACAUGACGGAGAUGGAGGAUGAGGACAAGGAUCCUACACCCACCGCCAACUCUUUCUGCUAUGAGAAUGAGCUGGCUUUCAUCAGCCGGGAUGAGGAAGAGGAUGAGGAGGGGGAGGAGGAUGGGGACAGGGUGCCAGAGCUGGAGAGACUGCAGGCCACCGUCGGCCUAGACCAGAGGUCAUAUCGUAGAGAAUCAGAGAUAUGA